AUGCGGAAUUGGGAAUCGCGCCUGACACGUCCACGCGGAGCGUGCCGUUCUGAGCUGGUUGGCAGUUGCCGGCUUCCCGCCCUGCCCUCCGCGGCCUCUGCCCUGGAACUUGGGAGGUGGGCGCCGGGUAACGGAGGGAUGGAAGCGAGGGCUGCCGAAGGGGUUAAGAAGUGCAUUAGAGACCGAGGCAUUCCGUUUAGAAAAAUUCAGCCUCUGAACAGGUUGAGGGCUAUCUCAAAACCCCGACACCUGACUCUGCAAGAACAAAGUGAGAUCCUGAGAACAGAAGUGUCUUGGCAGCAGGAAACCCUCACUGCUAUGGAGACAUAUGACUCUGAGGCAUCUCGUCAAAAAUUUAGACAUUUCCAGUAUUCAGAAGCAUCUGGGCCCCAUGAAGCCCUGAGCAAACUCUGGGAGCUCUGUCUUCAGUGGCUGAGACCAGAUAUUCAUUCGAAGGAGCAAAUCGUAGAACUUUUGGUACUGGAACAAUUCCUGACAAUCCUCCCUGAAGAAGUCAGGGCUUGGGUAAAUUUACAGCAUCCCAAGAACAGCAAAGAUGUGGUGACUCUCAUAGAAGAUGUGAGGGAAAUGCUCCAAGACAAAGGUAUACCCUGCAAGAACUGUGUCCUUCAGAAUGGGAGCACAAGGGAGGAGAAGGUGGAAACUGACUCACUAACAGGGAAGCCACAGGAACCAUUGACAUUCAAAGAUGUGGUUGUGGAAUUCACCAAGGAAGAGUGGGGGCAACUGGACCCUGCUGUAAAGAACCUUUACAGGGAUGUGAUGCUGGAGAACUAUAGGAACUUGAAUUCAUUGCAUAAAGGUGGUUUCUGUGUAUUUGUCUACUCUGUUAGUAAUCUCUUUUUCUACUGUGAAAAGCUAUAGGACUGGUGGAGUUGUUACCUUUGGUUCUGGGUUCAGGUUUCCUAAUAUACUCUGAGCACAAUAGCAUGUUUUCCUACUCUGUCUGGUUGAAAGUCCUUUUCUAUGUGUAGCCAGAAAUACACAGACAUGCUUUUCUGGCCUUCUCCUUCAGCAGCUUAGCUUACUGUGUUUUCUUCCUUAUAAAAAUGUGUGAAAU